GCUCGCUGUGCCGUCGAGAGAUUUUUUGUGUAACUAAGAAUUCGUCUAUUCGAUAUACUUUCCUUCCUCUGUUCAGGCACUUUAGUACUACUGCAUCAGACAAAAUGGCUACUGCGCAGCCCCCAUCUCCCACGAACCCCUACAACCUCGACCAGGAGAUGCAGUCUCCCGUCGGCAACCCCGCCCAAUCGCCGGCGUACCAGGUCAACGCUGAGUCGACGAGGAAUUUGAUUCUUUCCGAGACGCAAAUCGACGCUAUGGAAGAAACCGACCCACAUUCCUCCUUCCGGAAUCUCCGCAGAAAAGUGAUGUACGUUUCGCUCGCGUCCUCGUUCUGCUGCGUGAUUCACGGCGUUCUGAACUACUGGUUCCAGGUGGACACGUAUGCAAGAAAAAAACUGUGUAAGUGUAAAUCUGUGAUGCAGAAACUACAAAACGGCUACACUUGUCAUGCUCGACAUGCAUGAUCGGCUCGUUUCCUAUGUGUUUUCCCUUCUUAUCUGCGCAUAACAAGUUUUUCCUGUCAUUGCAGACAAACUUGUGAUGCUGUUUUCCCAAAAGACUAUACACUAACACAGUUUUUUUCUUGGAUAACACGCAGCUGGAGAUCAUGCGCAUCAUCGACAACGCAACCGGCAUAUGGAUUGCAAAAAUGUCUGGGUCGGGAGAGUUGGAACUUGUGAUGCUAACUUUGGAUUCUAAAAAAAUCUGUAUUGCAUUAUCAGCAAGAGGAGUCCAGUUUGUGCCACGCGGAGAGGCCAUUUGUCAUGCGGAAUAGGCAUCAAGACGUCGUCAGAAAAUCUGUGAUGCUAAGGAAUACAUCACAGACGUCACGGAUCAUGUAAAAUCUGCAUGACAAGUUCCAUUCUUUCCAGACCCAGACAUUUUUACAUUUGAUACGGCAACCCGAGCCACCACAAGCCGCACGAGCCGACCAAGGCGUUUCUGUUUAUCUUCUUCGCCGGGUUGCCCGCGGUCGCGGCGGGCAUCUCGAUUGGUCUGCUCGUUCCGAUGUGCGGGUACUUUGGCGCAAAGUGGGUCAACCAGUCGUUUCUGUGCAUGUUUUUCUCCUGCAACACCUGCGGGUUAGUGGGGUCUCUCCUCGGGUUCGUCAUGACCUUGUGGAUCAUGCUGGCGGGCAUCCCGGGCGUGGACCACUGGGUGGCGCACUGCGAUCCGGUGCCGAUCUGCUGUAAGGGGAUCGGAGGUAGUGAGAGCGUUUUUUUGUGUUGUGCGAAAUUAAUUCGAAAGUUUGAAUAAAAAUGCAUUUCAUUUCCUCGAUUGGGUUCUUCUUCUUUUAGCUUUGGAAAAAACCUCCAAAAAUAAAACAGGUGAAGCCAAUUGUGACGCGGCCACCGGGUUGCCCUUUCCUCAAUUCGAAAAGGAGUACCGGGACUGCAUUCUUGGGGCGCACCUGCAAUACGAGCGGAAGUACCCGGACUCCUACCAUUUAGACCCCGCGCGCUGCGACCCCACGGUGAAACUGCUUUUGAAGUGCGAGCACUUUCACCCGGACCCGGAGAACGCACUAGAGCACCGGUUCGACAACUACGAAAAGCAGCACCCGCACUGGGGAGACAAGUGGGGCUACAAUCCACAGGACGAGGAACAUCAACACCCUCCAGCCCCCCUCCCGACCAUGCUGGCGCCCCCGGUGGAGAAGAGCCCGGUCGCGAUGGGGCUGUGGGGCACGCCGAGACAUGCGGACCUGUUUCCGGUGGAGUCCAUUGAGCACGCACGGGAAUUGCGGACUCUGGCGGAGGAGGGUUUGAGUGAGGAGGAGUUGCGGCGGAUUUUAGCGGAUGGCGAGGGGGAUCAUUCCAGCUCUGUCCAGCCCUCAAGCUUUGUCCAGCAAAAUGCAGAACAAGUGCAGAACCUGUCCGACCGAAUGAAGCAGCUGUUCCACCAGCUCCCGGCGAACAAGGUGCACGACAUGCACAAGAAGCCGAUUUUCGGCCCGAACGGGGUCUUCAAAAACCCCGAAGCCAUGAAGGAGCACCUGAAGCACGGGAAGGAUUUCGCCAAGGACAAAGCGAAGCACUUUCAUCCCGAGGACCAGGAGAAGCUCGUGGACCAGCUGCACGACAUGCACUUGGAGCACCACCACCCCGCGGGCUUCGACCACUGGCCGGCACACCUGAAGGAGCACUUGCCGGGACGGUUCCGACCGGACAAGUAUAAUUUCGUGCCGCAUCACGUGCCGAGUGCCGCCCACUUCGACCCGAAAAAGGCGCACGUACCGACGAAGGAAGGCGUGAUGCACGGAGUCCACAAAGAGGGAAAGAAACACGAUCCGCGGGGCAAGAAGGUGGACGUGAAGGGAUUGCUUGACCAGGUGUUCGGAUCGCACAACGACCAGUGGAACCAAGUCAAGGAAAACGUGGAGAUUCCGCAGAAAAUCGAGAUUCCGGAAAACUUUCCCAAGUUCGGACCCAACGGCGAACAGGAAUUUCGGAAGGGGGCGAGUAUAUAAUUUGAGAUUGAUAGAUAUUUUCUAGCACAACUCUGCUUGUCAUGUUGCUUUUGGCGAUCGCGGCAGUAGAUGAUGUUCAUCGCCUCGCUUGCGCAAAAUUUUUAGUCACUAUGUUGACCAAGAAAUCUAAACAAUUCAUCAGGUGCCGUGUCUCACUCCCUGAACCAGUUGACCUCGGGUGAUGAGGAAAAGGCGAAAAAGGAGAUGGCCCGGCUCUACAGCAACGGCAAGCACGAGUGGAAAACAAAAAUCGCCAAACGCCACGACAAGCACCACCACUGGGAGCCAACUUUUGAAACUUGCCGGGUCAACCCGAAAGCCGUGCGCUUGAUGCACGCAGUGCACAACAAUUUGGAAAGUCUCGUGCCGAAGAUGGAGUUUUUGUGUGGUAUAGUUUUACUUUGUUCAUCGUGUUCUUCUUCCUUGCGACAAGCGUGCGAUGCAGUGCUAGUGUAGUGUAGUAAUCUAUCACUGCUUAGGUGAUCGUGACGCAUGUUAUAAGCCGCGGCGCUGUUCUUGCUGUUGCACAGCAUCACAAAGUGCGUCAAGAAUUUCGAUACGACUUUUCUCAGGUGCAAAACUCCUUACUUCCAUCCCCUUCAUUUUCUUCAUUGCGCUCGGUGCCCUCUACGGCUUCCGCAUGUGGCGCGUGGCGAAGCGCGGCUACCGCCCGACCUACUUCGAGGGCGCGGCGCAAAACCUCCAGCUCCCGCUGUACCGCAACCAGCACCUGAUCGGUGGACCGCAGAUGGCCAUGCCAAACUACAUCGUGACAGCGCCCAUGGAUCAUGCUGGAAAUGGGUAUCAGAUGUCCGACCAACAGUCCGCCUACCAGGUUCAAUAUCCGGCUUUGUCCCAGUCGAUGGCGCAGGACGCAAAUGGUGCACCCCCUGUGGCCCCGCCGGCAAAUGUGUAAGGUACUGGCACAACUGAGCGGUUGGAAGAUAUUAAGAAGGAGAACUAAAUUUCUGCAGUUUUGUCUAGACGAAAGAAAUUUGCGGAACAAACUGGGCGAAGGACUACAGUUGUACAACCAGCAGUCGGAGGUUCUGCUUCCUCUUUCUUACGCUGCUCUGAGUAUGAAGUCAAUCACAAAAGAUAAAAACAACACGAAGGGAGCAUGGAUAACUACGAGGAAUGCAGAAAAAGUACAGGAGAUUAAGUGCAUGACUUUUGAUUAGAUAUUAGCGUAUAUCCAACUAUAACCAUCAUCGCCUUGUGAGCGGAUAGUACACUCCAGACCUCCAAAUUUUCUUCUUUUUGUUUCACGUUGGUCUUGCAGUGAGUUUCUGGGAAUACAGGUUUCGUGUUUUAGAUAUUUCUAUACCUUUGUUUAUUUUACGGGAAAACUGAACGAUUUUCAUUUUCUUUGCAAGGCGAAUUCAACAUCACUUUUUUUGGUUCUGAAACAGACAUUCAAAAAUACAGCAGCUUUUAUGCGGAACACUAAACGGUUUUGAAUGUACGAGAAGAGCUUUAUUUGUUUCCAUGGACCAAAAAAUGCCAGGAGUCAUGUGACUUUUUCUCUACUAGAAAAACCCGAAGGAGUAGCCGCAUAGGUCACUCCUUUGCUUUUUUUGAUUGAGUUGAAG